AAAUUCAUAACGUGGUAUAUGAGCAGAGCAACCAGAAUCACGUUGAACACGUUUUGUUUUUCUUAAAUCAUCGAAUUCUUGGUUUCAAAAAUUUGUAUUUCAUCAAAAAAUAUCAUCUGAUAACAAUGGGAUCAUUUGUAAAAGCUCAAAAAUCUCGUCAACGUUUACAUCGUGAACGUGUCAAUGUAUUGGAUAAAGGAUUUUUAGAACGAAAAAAAGACUAUCAAACACGUGCAGCCGAAUAUAAUCGUCGAAAGAAUAUUUUUACUAAACUUCGUAAAAAAGUUUUGGACAAAAAUCCGGAUGAAUUCUUUUUUCGUAUGAAAUCAUCGAAUUUAAUCGAUGGUAUACAUUAUGAUCAUCGUAAAGAUGAAGAAUUAUCUACCGAAGAGUUACAACUGAUGCAUACACAAGAUCUAAAUUAUGUUAAUUAUAAACGUUCAAUCGAUUUGAAAAAAAUACCAAAACUUCAAAGUGAAUUACAUUUAUUGGACGCGAAUAAACGAAAACAAAAAAAUAAACACAUCAUUUUUGUUGAUAAUGAUAAUGAGAAAAAAAAUUUCAACAUUGCUAAACAUAUGAAAUUGGAUAAUCAAUCAUUGAAUAAAGAUUCGCAUUUCAAACCGAAUCAAUCGAUAAAUAAUGAUGAUUUGAAAGCAUCAAAUCAAGCUAAAGAUAUUAAAUAUCGUAGAUUGAAAAAUAAAAUCGAUCGUGAAACAUUGUUACAUAAUGUAUCCGAAAAAAUGAUGAUCAAAAAACAACUAUUAAAUAAUAAAGAAUCGGCUAAAAAAAUUAAAACAAAUAAAAAAAAUACCAUUUAUCAAUGGAAAAUGGAAAGAAAAAAAUGA